AUGUCUGACUGGUCAUCAACGUUUUGGGGAAGUACGGCCGGAUUGUUUGGAGAAGAAGAUGAAGAUGAUGCUUUCGAUCCAGAUCGUCAAGUUAGUAUUGUUUUCCUACAUGUACCAAAUCCAUUUCGGUUUUUCGUGUUACAGCCUUAUCGACUGAACGCUCGAUCGUUCUACGCUCAUUAAAGCUUAAAUCGAACCCAAUCGAACAAGUUUAAAUGGCUUGAUUGGACUCGGCGAUUAAACUCCCCCGAAAAAUUAUCCAAUAGAACAUUGUGUUACGUUUGGAUCAGGGGUUAGGUCAUAAAAAAAUUAUAUGGGAGUGGAGUAAUGUGUACUGGAGAUGCAACAGCUUGGGACGUUCAAUUUUUUAUCUACCCCAUUCAAAGGUGCCAACUAACAAUGAAUCUUUCGGAUUUCAUUUUUUCAAAGGGUGCCGACAGAAAUUGAUCAUCAUCAUCAUCAUCAUCAUUAUCAUCACCAUCAUCACCAGCCUUAAUUUGUAUAAUUAUGUUGAGCGUCAAAAUUAAAAUCAGGUUAAAACUUUUUAACCUAGGUUGAUUUUCAAUUUCCUUUGUCUCCUAGUCCUAAUUAUUCAUGAAUUAGGGCAAUAGAGCUAGAAGACAAAAAAAUUUAGAAUUAACCUGGUUAAGAAAUUUAACCUGAAUUUGAUUUUGACCUGUAAAAUAUACAUGGUAAUAGAAAUACUAGGCAUGCAUCAUCAAUCAUAAAUGAAAUAAUAAUGUUAUUACCAUCAGUAUGAUAAAAAUAAAUUAUCAAUACAGUGUUUCACUUGAGACUAUGUAUAAUAAUACAAAAUUAUUUGGGUGGGUUAUAGACCCCCAAAAUUGCUACGCCUUCACCCCUACCCCUCCAUCCAGACCCCAUUGCUCUGAUCCCUACCUUAAUACUUUGAUGAAGAAACUUCUCAGAUCCAAAAGAUUGGAAAAACUGAUUAAUAUUCCCAUUAAUUUCUAUUAGACUCGCUGGGACAAUAGGGACAGCCUAAUUUUGGUAAUUGACUGCUGCAGAGAAAUGUUCAAAAAGUCAAGAGGAGAAAUUCCAUUUCAGCUGUGUAUAAAGGUUUGUAUCAAAAUAAUACCACAGAGUAUUUAGCUUCAUUGUUAAAACUACAGAAAGUAGCUACAAUAAACAGCUUUUUUUAUACUGUUAAUGCCAUCAAUAAUAUUGAAUGGUAGCUUAAUAACAAAUAGGCCAUAACUGUACCUCGAAUGAGCAGAUACUUUGUAUUUGUUGUAGCCAAUUAUUUGUAAGUAAACAUUUUUCUCUCUAAUUUAAUAUUAUAGCCAUCACUUCAUGUUCAUAAAUGUUUAACAUCUGGGUUAAUUAUCUACAGUGUAUUCUAGUCAAGAUCUUAUCCUAUUUGUUUUUAAUUUCUGCAUUCAUUAGUGUGCUGUGAGCGUCCUGAAGAACAAAAUCGUAAGCAGUGACAAAGACCAGAUUGGCAUUGUAUUCUUUGGAACUGUAAGUGUAAUUGUAAAAAAAGUGAAAUUAGUUCCCCGAAAGGGGUACAGGUACAGUGCACACAUGGCUCUGUAGGGUAGAUACCAACCCUAGUCCUUGAUUUGUCUUUUGUUCGUUAACCUACAUUCUACCCCUGUUUUGAUCUGAUAUGAUUGAAAGUAUUAUUUUAAUAUUUCUAGGACAAAAGCCAAAAUUCAAGCGACUUUAAGCAAAUUUAUAUAUACCAGGUAACUUGACUUACAUAAUGUACUGUAAAUUGAAAUUAUACUGUUAUAUAAUCACUGUCAACUGUUUUCAAUCUGGUCACUUUUUGUCUUUGGUCUUUUUUACCAGGGUCAUAAAUGAUAAUGGUACAACUGUAUGAUAAUAACUAUUUGUGUCUUAAAUCUACAGGAAUUAGAUUCGCCAGAUGCCAAAAAGAUCCUUGAUCUUGAAAGAUUUCUUGAAGGUAUAAGAACACUACAACAACUGGCAUUCAGUCCAUUGUUAUAAUGUUUUGAGCUUGUUUUUUGUGGUUACCUCUGAACUCUUUGUUCACUGAAGAUUAUUUCAUUUGAUGCAGUGUCACACUUUCUUUAACUUUGCUACUAACAUCCCCUGUUUCAUUAAAUAUCUAUUUCAGAUGACAGCUGUGAUAAUUUUGCCACCAAAUUUGGACACAACACUGGAUUUUCCCUGAAUGAUGUUCUGUGGACAUGCUCAAAUAUGUUUGCCAAGAGGUACGAAUUCUUGAAAUGGUGUUUUUAAUGUGUACUGUACUAUGAGUGCCUGAAAAAGAAUGCUCAGCACACUGAAGUUUAAAAAGUAGAUCCCACUGUUAAUAGAUCCAGAGAUCCUAGGUAAGGUUUGUAGCCAAGUGGAUGUGUAGGUGUGCUGUAGAUGCCCAAUUUUGGGUAAAAAAGAAAGAGUACAUGAUUGUGUUGCUGGCUUGAGAGUUGAGGUGGAUGCUUGUCACUUAUACAUGUAACUUGCUUAAGUUAAAAUCCUGGACUAAGUUUCGAUUACUUCUUGCCAAGGUGUAGUCAUUUCUAUCAUGGGAGACUGGUAUAUACACUGUAAUGUUUGCAGCCACUCUGUAAUGAAUGAGUAUCCACCCUGCGGAGUGUAGGAAAGUAGUAAUAUAUGCUACUGAAACAACGUCAUGCGAUACCUGGGUGGGGAUCCUGUGGCAUAAGUGCACUGACCUACGAACCAACAGGAGUCAAAAGCCACACUGAUUUUUACAGACAUGGAUAUCUUGACCGGAGAGUUGCUGGAAACUCACAGUGAAUAAAGCGUCAGAACAUAAGGGGUCAGUUAUGUUCCACCUGGCUGAAUAUUCCUGUACCUCACUACAUUUAGUGGAGCAUUAAAAAAAUGCUGACACAUUGAAAAGGUAUCUUAUAUUUACGCCUUUUUUGUACAAAAUGGUUACAUUGUAGCUCUCAGAAAAUUGGCCACAAGCGAGUCAUGUUGUUCACAAAUAAUGAUAAUCCACAUGCUGAUAACCCCAGCCUUCAGGUAAGAAUACAAUUUACAAUGUAUCCACUUGAAUUUAGAAAGGGUAAAAUUAAUAUGGUGCUUAUUAAAUUUCCCAUGCCUUAAAUGCUUGAGGGUAGCACUUUAUUGGAUGCUGCAAAGAAUUAUCAUUAUUAUUUUUUUUAAUAAUGGUAUAAUUACUACCCAUUUUCUGUACUAAAAUAACAGAAUUAAUAUNCUGACCUACGAACCAACAGGAGUCAAAAGCCACACUGAUUUUUACAGACAUGGAUAUCUUGACCGGAGAGUUGCUGGAAACUCACAGUGAAUAAAGCGUCAGAACAUAAGGGGUCAGUUAUGUUCCACCUGGCUGAAUAUUCCUGUACCUCACUACAUUUAGUGGAGCAUUAAAAAAAUGCUGACACAUUGAAAAGGUAUCUUAUAUUUACGCCUUUUUUGUACAAAAUGGUUACAUUGUAGCUCUCAGAAAAUUGGCCACAAGCGAGUCAUGUUGUUCACAAAUAAUGAUAAUCCACAUGCUGAUAACCCCAGCCUUCAGGUAAGAAUACAAUUUACAAUGUAUCCACUUGAAUUUAGAAAGGGUAAAAUUAAUAUGGUGCUUAUUAAAUUUCCCAUGCCUUAAAUGCUUGAGGGUAGCACUUUAUUGGAUGCUGCAAAGAAUUAUCAUUAUUAUUUUUUUUAAUAAUGGUAUAAUUACUACCCAUUUUCUGUACUAAAAUAACAGAAUUAAUAUUUUUUGAUUUCAAUUAAAUUUGGGCCUGCCCUGUUACUAGUUACAACCAGCUUGAGAAUGGUGAAUUACAUGUAACCCUUUUUUUGUUGCCUUCUUCCAGAGACAAGCAAAGACCAAGUCUAGGGUAGGUGUCGUUUAAGAUCAUCAUGAUGUUGUUAUUAACAGUUAUAGCAGGGCUUUCGGUCAUGGUGGCAAUAAUAUUGUGUGUUUGAUUGAAUACCGUUUAAGUGGGAAAGCAAGUCAAUGUCACUCUCUGUAACAAUUUCCUAGGCUAUAAAUACAUGUAAAACAAAAACUGACCCUUGCCCACUAUUUUUGUCAACCUGCAAAAAUAGUAUUAUUAUGAUUUGUUUACAUUUAAACCCAUUGCCAAAAUUAAAGAUGGGUGUGGUGAAGGUGCUAUGCCUCGACAAACUGAGUGAGCCACAGGUGAGCGCAGAAUGUAUAAACCAUGAAAACCCUGUGAGUGUCAUUUACUAUGCACUGUCACAUUGAGAACCUUUAUAGUGGAGAGUUUCAUAUAUACUUACAUGUACCAAGACACAUCCAGAGGGAGGGAGGGCUGGGGGCAAAACGGCUAAAAUGAAUGCAUGGGAAGGUAAUGUGAGCAAAAUCAAUUGUCUAACAAUUUAAGUGUUGUAAAAUUUUUGAGGCUGGCUGCAAAUGCCCAAAGACUGUCUUGCAUAUGAUUAGAUGUGGAGGCCACUGGCCAGCAUGUCCUGUGUUUAGCCUUGCUUAGAUUACAUUUUAGCCACAUUGUAAUUUAUGUUAUUUAUGCACAUGUACCGUUAAUAAAAAAAUGAUAUUCAUCGAAUUUUUUUUUUUUUCAGGAUUUAAGUGAGAUUGGCAUCGCAGUUGAGCUGAUGCAUAUUCAACCUUCUGAUGGUUCCUUUGACUCAAGUCUCUUUUAUCAGGUAAGUACCUUAUUCCCCAAUUAUUCAAAAAGCCGUUAAUAAUUCAUAAAGAAAAAACAAAAGAAAUUGAUGUCUAAUGAGUGUCUUUAAUAUCUGAUAAAGACAGGGCUAACCUUUAUGUCCAAUUUUUUAGACCAAAAUAACCCCCAAUCUUAAUAGUAGUGCAAGAUUGAGUUGAUCUUCAUUGUAUAUCAGAGAUUUUGAAGCCGUUCUAAAAACUCAGGAGGGUAUCAUCGGGUUUAAAAACUCUUGGCUUCGCCUCUAGUUUUGAAACCUCUUAAUACACUCCUGUUCAUUUUUUAAGCAGUACAUACAAACAGUUUUUAAUAAUUGUAAUAAUUAUUAUUGAAACAGAACAAACCGGGUUAUUUUAAUUUCCUGGGAUCGAAACAAUGAUAAAAAAUCAAAGCUUUUUCUUUACCAAAAACAAAUAAGUUGGAUCCUGGAAAAACAGCUGGAAAAACAGCUUGAUUUAUCGUAUGUGUUUUAGAAUGACUGGAUCAAGAUACUAUUUCAAUCUAGCGCUAAUAGUAUAAUUAUAAUUGACUCUGGUCCCAGACAAAGGUUAUUAUUUGGUUUGAAGGAAUCUAAGUGUGCAGAAUUCUUGUAAACUUUUUUUUGUCAGUAUCAAGACAAAAAACUGGUUUGAGUGUCUCAGAGGCAGACAGUAAAAUUAAUGAUGGCUAAUACGUACACAGUCUGCCAUCAUUUAACCCACAAUGACCGAUGAAGUUAACAUGUUGGCCAUUGACAACCAAAAGUUUAGUGUUUUCUUUAUAGUGUCUUACUCGUGCUUGCUGUUUUAUUUUAUGGUAUAAACAAGUAUGUUCCACAUUAGCCAUUCCACAUUUCAGGAUUUAAUUCAAGUGGAUGAAGAUGAAGAAGGGAUUUUGCCUGAUCCAUCUGAGAAGUUUGAAGAACUACUUUCUAGGUAUUGAGUAUUAAAAGUGGCACUCCAAGCGAGUUUCAAUCUCAUGUCAAAUUUUUCCAUUUCUUUUAAUAACAAACAUAAAGAAUAUUAUUUGAAAGGAUAAUCUGGAAGUCUCCUUGGAGUGAAACUAUUAUUUUGCUGUAAUGAUUUAUUAUAAAAUGAGCUAGAAAAAUAAGAACAUUAUAACUUAAGCUAAAAUAAAUCAUAUUAAAGUAGAGGUACAUGAUUGAUUGUUGACUUAACCAUCCUUGUUUUUCAGUAACUAGUUUUAUAGUCUUUUAUUCACUUCUGAAUAUUUUGUGAGGCAGUUCCUUGUAUUAGAAAACAAUAUAGACCAAUGGUGCAGAUAUUCUACCUUGAAAACCUGGAAAGAUACAUUGUACAAUAAUAUAAGUCCUUUCCGCUACAUUGAAUAAUAAAAUAUUAAACUGUGUUGCCUUUUCUUUACAAAAACAGAGUGAGGAGGAAGCAGCACAAGAAACGACCCAUGGCAACAUUUCCUUUGACACUGGGAGAUGGGAUUGAACUUGGCGUUUCUGUGUAAGUAAUAAGCAUUCUACGUUUGCCAGUUGAUGGAACUUUAACUUCCUGGGCCGGGUUGUUCAAAGCUGGGUUAAGAUAACCCAGGGUUAGUGCGCAAUUUGAAUUCAGAUUUGAAAGCUUAAAAGGCGUUUCAGUUUUAAUUCUUUUUGUCUACAGGUUGAUGAUUGGAAGCCCUAAAAAUAACAGAGAAAAUUAUCCAAGAAAAUACUUUUGAACAUAAGAAAAGGAAACCCGGGUUAAGUGCUAAUCGGCCUUUGAACAACUGGGCCCAGCUCAAUGUUUGCCCUUGCAAGACAGACAAAUUCUGCGCUAUUAUAUAUUAUUGUAGCUUAAAACAUCAUAAAAUUAAAAUGCACAGUGAUAAUUGGACAAAAUUUCAACAUGUUAUUUACAGAACUGUAGCUAGGUCAUUGCCCAUAAUUAAUUUUUGUGGAUGUUUGUUUUCUGGUCAGUUUUAACCUCUGUGGAGCUGCAAAAAAAUCCAGCCACAUAAAUUUGGACAGCCGCACAAAUGAGGAAAUUAGAACUCACACAAAGUAUAUAUGUGUGGUGAGUACUUAUUCAUCAACUUGAUAACACAUGUAGUAACAUGACAUUAAAAAAUUAUUUAAAAUUUGUAACACUCAUGCAUUUCACUUUUGGACCUGUAAGUUAAGCAAAGAUACUUUUAUUAAAUUUUGUGUGCAGCAAUUGUUUUUAUUUUAAUUUUGGGGUCUCACAAUCUUUAUAAAUUAUAACAUGUAUUUUGAAUCUCUAAUAGGAUACCGGAAGGGAGCUAAUGCCAACGGAUAUAAAACUCUAUCAGAUGUUUGGGGGCCAAAAAGUAAGGCUGUAUAUAUAAUGCUUACCAGUAAUUAAAAAAAGAAGUGCGUAGAACACCUUCUUGACUUAAUGUACAUUUUGGCAUAAUUUUUGGAACCGUUAUUGAUGGGACACCCUUGGGGCUGAGGAAAGUGUCCCCUGAUUAGAGGUUGGGGUGGGGUUUCUUAAUGAUUAACCAGCAAAGAAAAAAUAAAUGAUUUAUUUUGCUUUGGAAUCAGCUGCAGUCAUUAUUUGAAGCAGCUAGAUAUAAUACUUGUAAAUUAUUGGCAUUAAAUUGUGUGUUGAAUUCCCACAAGUUUCAGUUCAUUGAUUUAUGUGAGAUAGGCUAUGUAAUCUUUUAAACUUAUCAACCCUCUUUUUUGUCAGUCAUGUUUUGAGUGCCAAGGUGUCGCCUGAAUAGAGGUUAUUAAACCUGGGUUUUAGGACCCACAAUCAAGAAAAAAAAAUAGCUGAGACACUUUACCUGAAAGGGGGUUUUUGACAUUUUAGUGACUAAAGCUUGUCCUCCCCCAUCCUCUCCAUGCAAUGUUGUGCCGUUGUUCGUGCUACCUGCAGAAAACAACAAACACCCCAACUUUGAAUGGAGGGGAGGGGGAGGAGUGUAGAUUCUUUUGUUCUCUGAAAUCAUCCUACAACAAUUCUGUCGCCGAUUGCAGAAAAAGUGUCCCUUUCCCUGAAGAAAGGUGUCCCUUCAGUAAAGGCGACAGAUAUAAAGAUUACGUGACUGACAUUUUUCCAGGACCAAAUUUUGUGUCCCCUGAAUGGAGUUAUCCCUUGAAUAGAGGUGCCCAAAAGGAGAUAUUCCACUAUAAUAUUAUUUAUUAUUUUUUUCAAAUUCAGGUCAUCUUUGAGAAAGAAGAAGUUACUGCUAUGAAGACAUUUGGUGAUCCAGGUAUGAUACACUGUAACAGUUUGUAACACAACUGAGGGAACUGCAUCAAUACCAGAAAAUACUGUAAUCUGAUUGGUUCAUACCAGUAAUUAUUAUCUACUGCUUCCUUGGCUCUUGCAGACUAAGCUAGAACUGUGUUUUUUGACCUGUUUGAUUACUUGUAGCAAAAAACAAGUAAUCAGCAAAGGCAGAUCAAGGAGUUUCUGAUGAGAGUGGUGGGGGGAGGGUGGGAGGAGGGGGGAGGGGAGGUCCAGAACUAUAAAAUCUCCCAGACAAGCUUUAUUGGUCUUUUUAGCAAGUGACAUUGGUGUACUCAGUGGGGUCAGGAUUAUUUUCCCCUAUGAGUGUAUGUAAGGGGUGUCCAGACCCCCCUGAACCCUUGAAAUUGACCCAUUAUAAAAUUGUAAUAAUAUUAGUGAUAAUAUAUCAUUCCACUUUCAUUGUUAGUAACAAAAAAUGUUUAUAGCCCGGUUUUUGGUUGGUUUUUUAUUAAAGUCAUUUUAUUUUGUUAUUAAUAUUAUUUUGUUAUCAUUUUCAGGUCUUUUGUUGAUGGGAUUUAAACCGAAGUCUUCACUGAAGAACUAUUUUCAUAUCAGACCAGCCCAGUUCCUUUAUCCUAGUGAAAAAGUGCGCACUUCAUUGUAGAAGAAUAAUUUAUUUAAAAUAGAAGAAAUCAACACAGAAAAUGUCUUGAUUACAUUAUUUUUUUAAAAAAUACCAUGAAUAGUUCAAUAGAGUCCAAAAACUUGAGUAGUUUCUCUAUUUUAGCCCCCAACAUCUUAUGAGACCUCUAGCGUCUAUAAGGCUCCAUCCUUAAGAGGUAUUUUGCUUUCUAGUCAUUAAGUUUAUGCAGAAAGAAACAUUUUAAAAUAAUAAUUACAAUGUAUUAUAAGAAAAUUAAGAAAUUUGUUUUAUACACCCCCAGAACUUUUUUUUACCUCAUCAGUUUGAAACUGGUAAAUGUACUAAUAAAAAAAUUAUUAUUACUUUCUCAGUAGGGAAAAAAAAUACUAUAAAGUCAUGUAUAUGUCCCCCAGAAAUUAUGAAAAUGGCCUCUGAUUAAGAAACAAUAAAAAAUAACUUUAAAUAACUAAAAGAUGCAUGCAGAGAGUGUGCUUUUGGGUAUAUUUAAGUGCCUAUAAAGGUGUAAUUUGAAUGAAAGUUAAAGGCCAGUCAUGAACUUGUUCCACAGAGUGUAACUGGAAGUACCACAUUAUUCUCAGCACUUCUGAAAAGAUGUCUUGCAAGAGACGUGGUACCGAUUUGCCGAUACAUCCCCAGGAGUGGCUCUCCACCAAGAUUUGUAGCUCUGUUACCACAGGUGAAUAACUUGACUUGAUUGUUAUUAUUAUUAAAUAACAGUUAUUAAUUUGUUAUCCUCCUGUAGGCUAGACAAGGACAACGAAACACAACUGCAAGUUACAAUUUGGAAGCAAAUAUGUACCUAAUGCACUAUAACCCUUUUCAGACCGGACUUCCAGAGGGUACCCCCCCCCACCCCCUCUAUCCUCAGUCUAUAACUGUCAUCUAUUGUUCCACAUUAGCCAUUCCACAUUUCAGGAUUUAAUUCAAGUGGAUGAAGAUGAAGAAGGGAUUUUGCCUGAUCCAUCUGAGAAGUUUGAAGAACUACUUUCUAGGUAUUGAGUAUUAAAAGUGGCACUCCAAGCGAGUUUCAAUCUCAUGUCAAAUUUUUCCAUUUCUUUUAAUAACAAACAUAAAGAAUAUUAUUUGAAAGGAUAAUCUGGAAGUCUCCUUGGAGUGAAACUAUUAUUUUGCUGUAAUGAUUUAUUAUAAAAUGAGCUAGAAAAAUAAGAACAUUAUAACUUAAGCUAAAAUAAAUCAUAUUAAAGUAGAGGUACAUGAUUGAUUGUUGACUUAACCAUCCUUGUUUUUCAGUAACUAGUUUUAUAGUCUUUUAUUCACUUCUGAAUAUUUUGUGAGGCAGUUCCUUGUAUGAGAAAACAAUAUAGACCAAUGGUGCAGAUAUUCUACCUUGAAAACCUGGAAAGAUACAUUGUACAAUAAUAUAAGUCCUUUCCGCUACAUUGAAUAAUAAAAUAUUAAACUGUGUUGCCUUUUCUUUACAAAAACAGAGUGAGGAGGAAGCAGCACAAGAAACGACCCAUGGCAACAUUUCCUUUGACACUGGGAGAUGGGAUUGAACUUGGCGUUUCUGUGUAAGUAAUAAGCAUUCUACGUUUGCCAGUUGAUGGAACUUUAACUUCCUGGGCCGGGUUGUUCAAAGCUGGGUUAAGAUAACCCAGGGUUAGUGCGCAAUUUGAAUUCAGAUUUGAAAGCUUAAAAGGCGUUUCAGUUUUAAUUCUUUUUGUCUACAGGUUGAUGAUUGGAAGCCCUAAAAAUAACAGAGAAAAUUAUCCAAGAAAAUACUUUUGAACAUAAGAAAAGGAAACCCGGGUUAAGUGCUAAUCGGCCUUUGAACAACUGGGCCCAGCUCAAUGUUUGCCCUUGCAAGACAGACAAAUUCUGCGCUAUUAUAUAUUAUUGUAGCUUAAAACAUCAUAAAAUUAAAAUGCACAGUGAUAAUUGGACAAAAUUUCAACAUGUUAUUUACAGAACUGUAGCUAGGUCAUUGCCCAUAAUUAAUUUUUGUGGAUGUUUGUUUUCUGGUCAGUUUUAACCUCUGUGGAGCUGCAAAAAAAUCCAGCCACAUAAAUUUGGACAGCCGCACAAAUGAGGAAAUUAGAACUCACACAAAGUAUAUAUGUGUGGUGAGUACUUAUUCAUCAACUUGAUAACACAUGUAGUAACAUGACAUUAAAAAAUUAUUUAAAAUUUGUAACACUCAUGCAUUUCACUUUUGGACCUGUAAGUUAAGCAAAGAUACUUUUAUUAAAUUUUGUGUGCAGCAAUUGUUUUUAUUUUAAUUUUGGGGUCUCACAAUCUUUAUAAAUUAUAACAUGUAUUUUGAAUCUCUAAUAGGAUACCGGAAGGGAGCUAAUGCCAACGGAUAUAAAACUCUAUCAGAUGUUUGGGGGCCAAAAAGUAAGGCUGUAUAUAUAAUGCUUACCAGUAAUUAAAAAAAGAAGUGCGUAGAACACCUUCUUGACUUAAUGUACAUUUUGGCAUAAUUUUUGGAACCGUUAUUGAUGGGACACCCUUGGGGCUGAGGAAAGUGUCCCCUGAUUAGAGGUUGGGGUGGGGUUUCUUAAUGAUUAACCAGCAAAGAAAAAAUAAAUGAUUUAUUUUGCUUUGGAAUCAGCUGCAGUCAUUAUUUGAAGCAGCUAGAUAUAAUACUUGUAAAUUAUUGGCAUUAAAUUGUGUGUUGAAUUCCCACAAGUUUCAGUUCAUUGAUUUAUGUGAGAUAGGCUAUGUAAUCUUUUAAACUUAUCAACCCUCUUUUUUGUCAGUCAUGUUUUGAGUGCCAAGGUGUCGCCUGAAUAGAGGUUAUUAAACCUGGGUUUUAGGACCCACAAUCAAGAAAAAAAAAUAGCUGAGACACUUUACCUGAAAGGGGGUUUUUGACAUUUUAGUGACUAAAGCUUGUCCUCCCCCAUCCUCUCCAUGCAAUGUUGUGCCGUUGUUCGUGCUACCUGCAGAAAACAACAAACACCCCAACUUUGAAUGGAGGGGAGGGGGAGGAGUGUAGAUUCUUUUGUUCUCUGAAAUCAUCCUACAACAAUUCUGUCGCCGAUUGCAGAAAAAGUGUCCCUUUCCCUGAAGAAAGGUGUCCCUUCAGUAAAGGCGACAGAUAUAAAGAUUACGUGACUGACAUUUUUCCAGGACCAAAUUUUGUGUCCCCUGAAUGGAGUUAUCCCUUGAAUAGAGGUGCCCAAAAGGAGAUAUUCCACUAUAAUAUUAUUUAUUAUUUUUUUCAAAUUCAGGUCAUCUUUGAGAAAGAAGAAGUUACUGCUAUGAAGACAUUUGGUGAUCCAGGUAUGAUACACUGUAACAGUUUGUAACACAACUGAGGGAACUGCAUCAAUACCAGAAAAUACUGUAAUCUGAUUGGUUCAUACCAGUAAUUAUUAUCUACUGCUUCCUUGGCUCUUGCAGACUAAGCUAGAACUGUGUUUUUUGACCUGUUUGAUUACUUGUAGCAAAAAACAAGUAAUCAGCAAAGGCAGAUCAAGGAGUUUCUGAUGAGAGUGGUGGGGGGAGGGUGGGAGGAGGGGGGAGGGGAGGUCCAGAACUAUAAAAUCUCCCAGACAAGCUUUAUUGGUCUUUUUAGCAAGUGACAUUGGUGUACUCAGUGGGGUCAGGAUUAUUUUCCCCUAUGAGUGUAUGUAAGGGGUGUCCAGACCCCCCUGAACCCUUGAAAUUGACCCAUUAUAAAAUUGUAAUAAUAUUAGUGAUAAUAUAUCAUUCCACUUUCAUUGUUAGUAACAAAAAAUGUUUAUAGCCCGGUUUUUGGUUGGUUUUUUAUUAAAGUCAUUUUAUUUUGUUAUUAAUAUUAUUUUGUUAUCAUUUUCAGGUCUUUUGUUGAUGGGAUUUAAACCGAAGUCUUCACUGAAGAACUAUUUUCAUAUCAGACCAGCCCAGUUCCUUUAUCCUAGUGAAAAAGUGCGCACUUCAUUGUAGAAGAAUAAUUUAUUUAAAAUAGAAGAAAUCAACACAGAAAAUGUCUUGAUUACAUUAUUUUUUUAAAAAAUACCAUGAAUAGUUCAAUAGAGUCCAAAAACUUGAGUAGUUUCUCUAUUUUAGCCCCCAACAUCUUAUGAGACCUCUAGCGUCUAUAAGGCUCCAUCCUUAAGAGGUAUUUUGCUUUCUAGUCAUUAAGUUUAUGCAGAAAGAAACAUUUUAAAAUAAUAAUUACAAUGUAUUAUAAGAAAAUUAAGAAAUUUGUUUUAUACACCCCCAGAACUUUUUUUUACCUCAUCAGUUUGAAACUGGUAAAUGUACUAAUAAAAAAAUUAUUAUUACUUUCUCAGUAGGGAAAAAAAAUACUAUAAAGUCAUGUAUAUGUCCCCCAGAAAUUAUGAAAAUGGCCUCUGAUUAAGAAACAAUAAAAAAUAACUUUAAAUAACUAAAAGAUGCAUGCAGAGAGUGUGCUUUUGGGUAUAUUUAAGUGCCUAUAAAGGUGUAAUUUGAAUGAAAGUUAAAGGCCAGUCAUGAACUUGUUCCACAGAGUGUAACUGGAAGUACCACAUUAUUCUCAGCACUUCUGAAAAGAUGUCUUGCAAGAGACGUGGUACCGAUUUGCCGAUACAUCCCCAGGAGUGGCUCUCCACCAAGAUUUGUAGCUCUGUUACCACAGGUGAAUAACUUGACUUGAUUGUUAUUAUUAUUAAAUAACAGUUAUUAAUUUGUUAUCCUCCUGUAGGCUAGACAAGGACAACGAAACACAACUGCAAGUUACAAUUUGGAAGCAAAUAUGUACCUAAUGCACUAUAACCCUUUUCAGACCGGACUUCCAGAGGGUACCCCCCCCCCACCCCCUCUAUCCUCAGUCUAUAACUGUCAUCUAAAAUGUUACCAUAGUUUUAAUUGUUAAAGGUGCUAGAGACUUGCUUUCUCCAAUGUUUCUCAGCUGCUUGAAUCCAUGCCAGGGGCUACAAAUGUACAAGACAAGGAUGUGUGAUAUAUAUGUAUGGUUGUAUGACUUGGCUAAUCUGAUACAGCCUGUGUUUUGUGAGAGAAUGUUUCAAGUAGGACUUGAAGCUGAAGUGAUCUGCUGAUUUUAAGUCUGCUACCUUGACCUCUUGACCCAGUGCCUGAAAUUAUCAUUAGUUGACACUUGCAAUAUUAUUUGUCUUUGAUCCCUUUUUUAAACCUGCUUAUUUUAAACAGAUGUAGUGAUUAAUUAGGGGUAUGUGAUGUGUGACAGUAGAUAAAAUAACCUCUUUGUACCAUGUUUCUCUUCAGCUUGAUGGGACAAAAAAACUUUAAGCCAGUAAAUUUAAAAACUGUGUAGCAGUGUUCGAUAAUUCUUUUCAAAAACAAUUUAGCGUAAUUCUAAUGUUUCUGCGAUCAUAAUACAUUUUAAGUAAAAUUUUAAUUCUUGCUAUUUUUAUUAAGGAGGAAGAAUUAGAAGAGCACAACAUUCAAGUUACCCCACCAGGAUUCCAUUUGAUUUUUCUUCCAUUUACUGAUGACCUAAGGAGACUGAAAUAUGAGGAGACACCUAAAGGUAACUACACCACAAAAGAAUAUAAUUAUUGUACAGAAUCCUAAACCACUCCCCUCCAUUCCCCGUCCUUACAAUCAAACCUUGAAAUAACAAAGGGCCUAUGGGACUGCAAAAAUGUGCAUGACUGCUGUAAAGAGGUUUCAUUUUGUUGAGGUUCUAAUAUGAUAAUAUUUUUUGUUUUAUCUCAUGCUGGGGUGAAGAAUUUUGUUUGUUAUCCCGAUGACUUUGUUACACAUACGUAUCUAGAGUUUUGUUAUAUCCAGGUUCCACUGUAUUGUAAACCAAUUGAUGGAGCCAAUUGAUGGCGAGGCUGCCCAGGUGCUCAAAGUAUGAUGUAGACAUGGUAGCUGGCACUCACAUCUCCUUUCAUGUGCGUCUCUCACAUGACCUCUUGCGCCACACCCAACAGUCUAAUAUAGACACAAGCGUCUGGCCCACUAGCUAUCAUAGUAUUAAUGCUGACAUACAGUUUUUAAUAGUGGGAGUUUAAGUACAGCAAAUGGUUCUGAAUUCAGGUGCAAGUUAAGGUAUCCUCAUGUUCCAAUACUCUAUUACUACUGCACUGGCUGUGAAAAUGUGUAGUUUUUGUUUGUUUGGAUUUAAGAUCCUCAAACUUGAUCCAUGCCAUCCCCUUUUUUAGAUUUGGACUCUUCUCAUGCCUGCAGGAUUAAAAUUAUUUUAUUAUUAAUUCAUAUCUUUUAAAUUUAUUGUAAUAUUUGUUUACAAUGUACGUGCAGCCACAUCAGAACAGAUCAGUAAAGCCAAAGAAGUCAUCAAGAAACUCACCCUUGGAUUUAGCAGUUCUCAAUUUGAAAAUCCUUGUAAGUUACAUGCAAUGUACAUAUAUAAUUAUUAAAUUGUUACAACUAACAAGUUUUAAGUUUUUUUGUAUUACUUAAUGACAAAUAAAAUUGUGUUGUUCCUGAUAGUCUUCUCUGUUUUGAAUAGAGGUGCCCAAAAGGAGAUAUUCCACUAUAAUAUUAUUUAUUAUUUUUUUCAAAUUCAGGUCAUCUUUGAGAAAGAAGAAGUUACUGCUAUGAAGACAUUUGGUGAUCCAGGUAUGAUACACUGGCUGUCAAUACCAAAAAUACUGUAAUCUGACUGGUUCAUACCAUUAAUUAUUUACUGCUUCCUUGGCUCUUGCAGAUUAAGCUAGAGCUGUGUUUUUUGACCUGUGUGAUUACAAGCAACUAGUAAUCAGUAAAGGGCAGAUCAAGGAGUUUCUGAUGAGAGUUGGGGGGAAGGUCGGGGGGUAGGGGGGAGGGGAGGUGCAAAACUAUAAAAUCUCCCAAAAAAGGCUUUACUGGUCUUUUCAGCUAGUGUCGACAUUAAUGUACUCAUUGGGGUCAGGAUUAUUUUCUCCUAUGAGUGUAUUUAUUAAAGGGCUGUCCAAACCCCCCUGAACCCUUGAAAUUGACCCAUUAAAUUGUAAUUGAUAAUAUUUCUUUCCGCUUUCAUUGUUAGUAACAGAAAAUGUUUAGCCUGGUUUUUGGUUGGUUUUUUAUUAAUAUUAUUUUGUUAUCAUUUUCAGGUCUUUUGUUGAUGGGAUUUAAACCUAAGUCUUCAUUGAAGAACUAUUUUCAUAUCAGACCAGCCCAGUUCCUUUAUCCCAGUGAAAAGGUGUGCACUACAGUGUAGAAGAAUUCAAAAUACAAGAAACCAACAAAUUAAAAUGUUAUGUAAAAAAAUGCCAUGAUUAAGUUCAAUGGAGUCCAAAAAAUAGAGUCACUCUUCUAUUUAGCCCCCAACAUCUUAUAAAAUCUCCAGUGUCUAUAAGGCCCCAUCCUUAAGGGGUAUUUUGCUGACUAGUUUUUAAGUUUAUGUGGAAAGAAACAUUUUAACAUAAUAAAUAUUAUAAGAAAAUUAAGAAAUUUGUUUUAUACACCCCAAGAACCGUUUUUGAACUCAUCAGUUUGAAACUGGUUAAUGUUCUAAUUAUUACUCUCUCAGCUGUGAAAAAAAUACUAUAAAAUAAUGUAUAUGUCCACCCAGAAAUUAUGAAAAUGGCCUCUGAUUGAGAAACAAUAAAAAAUAAUAUUAAAUAACUAAAAGACGCAUGGCAGCACAGAGAGUGUUCUUUUGGGUAUAUUAGUGCCUAUAGAGGUGUUAUUUGAAUGAGAUUUAAAGGCCAGUCUUAAACUUGUUUCACAGAGUGUAACUGGAAGUACCACAUUAUUCUCAGCACUUUUGAAAAGAUGUCUUGCAAGGGACGUGGUGCCGAUAUGCCGAUACAUACCCAGGAGUGGCUCCCCACCAAGAUUUGUUGCUCUGUUACCACAGGUGAAUAACUUGACUUGAUUAUUAUUAAUAAUUAUUAAAUAACAGUUAUUAAUGAUUUGUUAUCCUCCUGUAGGCUAGAGAGGGACAACGAAACACAACUGCAAGUUACAAUUUGGAAGCAAUUAAUAUGUAUCUAAUGCACUUUAACCCUUUUCAGACCAGACUUCCAGAGGGUCCCCCAUUUCCUUCUAUAACUGUCAAUUAAAACCGUGAUUAAUAGUUUAAGGUGCCAGAGACUUGCUUUCUCCAAUGUUGCUCAGCUGCUUGAAUCCAUGCCAGGGGCUACAAAUGUACAAGACAAGGAUGUGUGACAUAUAUGUAUGGUUGUAUGACUUGGCUAAUCCGAUACAGCCUGUGUUUUGUGGGAGAAUGUUUCAAGUAGGAGUUGAAGCUGGAGUGAUCCUCUGACUUCAAGUUUGCUGCCUUGACCUCUUCACCCAGUGCCUGAAAUUCUCAUUAGUUUGACACUUGCAUUUAUUUAUUAUUUGUCUUUGAUCCCCUUUUUAAACCUUCUUAUUAGAACUUAAACCUUAUUUUAAACAGAUGUAGUAAUUAAUUAGGGGUAUGUGAUGUGUGACAGUAGAUAAAUAACCUCUUUGUGCCAUGUUUCUCUUCAGCUUGAUGGGACAAAAAGACUUUUAGCCUGUAAAUUUAAAAUUACUGUGUAUAAUGAUUCUGCAACAAUACAUUUUAAGUAAAAUUUUAAUUCUUGCUAUUUUUAUUAAGGAGGAAGAAUUAGAAGAGCACAACAUUCAAGUUACUCCACCAGGAUUCCAUUUGAUUUUUCUUCCAUUUACUGAUGACCUAAGGAGACUGAAAUAUGAGGAGACACCUAAAGGUAACUACACCACAAAAGAAUAAUUUAUUAUGUUGUACAGAAUCCUAAACCCCUCCCCUCCAUUCCCCAUCCUUACAAUCAACCCUUGAAAUAACAAAGGGCCAUAGGGACUGCAAAAAUGUGCAUGACUGCUGUAAAGAGGUUUCAUUUUGUUGACGUUCUAAUAUGAUAAUAUUUUUUGUUUUAUCUCAUGCUGGGGUGAAGAAUAUUGUUUGUUAUCCUGAGGACUUUGUUACACAUAAUUAUGUAUCUAGAGUUUUGUUAUAUCCAGGUUCCACUGUAUUGUAAACCAAUUGGUCGAGCCAAUUGAUGGCGAGGCUGCCCAGAUGCUCAAAGUACAAUGUAGACAUGGUAGUUGUUGCUCGCAUCUCCUUUCAUGUGCGGCUCUCACGUGACUUCUUGCACCACCCCCAAGAGUCUAAUAUAGACACAAGCUUCUGGGCCACUAGCUAUCAUUGAUUAAUGCUGUACAUUUUUUAAUAGUGGGAUCGAGUUUAAAUACAGCAAAUGCUUCUGAAUUCAGGUGCAAGUUAAGUUAUCCUCACAUUCCAAUACUAUAGUACUAAUGCACUGGCUGUGAAAAUGUGUAGUUUUUGUUUGUUUGGAUUUAAGAUUCUCAAACUUGAUCCAUGCCAUCCCCUUUUUUAGAUAUGGACUCUUCUCAUGCCUGCAGGAUUAAAAUUAUUUUAUUAUUAAUUCAUAUCUUUUAAAUUUAUUGUAAUAUUUUUUACAAUGUACAUGCAGCCACAUCAGAACAGAUCAGUAAAGCCAAAGAAGUCAUCAAGAAACUCACCCUUGGAUUUAGCAGUUCUCAGUUUGAAAAUCCUUGUAAGUUACAUGCAAUGUACAUAUAUAAUUAUUAAAUUGUUACAACUAACAAGUUUUAAGUUUUUUUGUAUUACUUAAUGACAAAUAAAAUUGUGUUGUUCCUGAUAGUCUUCUCUGUUUUACACUGUCUCUUAUUAUUCUUCUCUUCUGGUAGCUCUUCAAAAACACUUCAAGAACCUUGAAGCUUUGGCUUUAGNUGCAGCCACAUCAGAACAGAUCAGUAAAGCCAAAGAAGUCAUCAAGAAACUCACCCUUGGAUUUAGCAGUUCUCAGUUUGAAAAUCCUUGUAAGUUACAUGCAAUGUACAUAUAUAAUUAUUAAAUUGUUACAACUAACAAGUUUUAAGUUUUUUUGUAUUACUUAAUGACAAAUAAAAUUGUGUUGUUCCUGAUAGUCUUCUCUGUUUUACACUGUCUCUUAUUAUUCUUCUCUUCUGGUAGCUCUUCAAAAACACUUCAAGAACCUUGAAGCUUUGGCUUUAGACAGAGAUGAACCAGAAGAAGUCAUUGAUUACACAGGUAACGAUAUUAUUGUUGCAGCCUCCUCUUGUUGUUAUGAAAGGAAUCUUGUACCAACUCGAAUGUGCAGAUCAGUCAUGUACCCAGAAAAGUGCAGCAUCCUUAUAUACCCUAAAGUAAGAUUCGGGGACGAUCUCUUUUGAUAACAGUCAAUAGAUAAUUUAUAUUUCCUAUCUUCUGUUUAUUUAUUUAUUUUUAUCUUUAUGGCAUGUACUCUUACUGGCAAAAAUCAUCCCAUGGUCCCUGUUGACUUGAUUUUUCUUUUGGGGGGGCAAUGACAAAGAAAACUUACACUAGUUAUACUAUACGUCCCAAAUCAAUUCUUGAAAAAUUAGGGACUUGAAAUAAAUAAUUUUAAUGAUAAAUUGUUAUUCUCAUCGCAGAGCCAAAAAUGGAAGCAAUCGAUCGUAAGGCUGGUGAGGCUAUCAAGGAUUUCAAGGAAGUAGUGUUUCCUGAUGAUUAUAAUCCUGCUGGAAAACCUGCUGCAAAAAGAAAGGUAUAAAAAAAUAUUGAAGGGGUUUUAUAUGUUGUUGUUGUUGUUGCUCUAGGAUAACUUUUGGCUUGAUAAAGAGAACACUUAAGGAAGGAAGGACCUCAAGCAUGUAAAUGAAGUGUAGUUCAUGGGAAAAUUAGGGCUGACCAGCAUGAAUUUUUCUUGUGUUGUGGAUGUUGCAGUUAACAAAGAAAAAAUAUUGUCUAAAUAUUCAGCUCAUCUUAAAUGACCUAAUAAACCCCUGGGGCAUCGUCUAUUUAAUUUUAGAGGUCCAAGCGGGGGGUUUAAUACAUAGGAGGAGUUUAUAAGAGAGAGGCAUUCAUUCUCAUAACUGUAACAAGCUCAACAAAACUAAUAUGGUUUCUGUGAAAAUGUCAAGAGAGUUUAAAAAUAGUGGAAUAUCCACUCCAUCAAUUGAUACGGCUUGGCCGUCCAGAGAUCCAUAUGACUCUUUCAAAUCCCAACAUCAAUGUCAGAAUCCUUGUUCAGGGUUAUUGUGUUGCCAUCGUUAGUCUAUUCUUACUUAAAACUUGACAUUGAACAAAAUGAAAUAUGCAUAGCCUUGUUAAUAAAGCAAGAAACUAAAUGAAUUGAAUGAUUUUGCUUCUUUUUUCUAUUAUUCCUUGUACACUGGAGUAAUUCUGAUAGACGGCAUUUGUUAGAUACUAAAAGAGGGGCAUCCAAUACAAUUUUAACGGCAUAGAGGGGGCGUUUAUUAGAUAAGAGGCGUUUAUUGGGAAGCGGGCAUUUAUUAGGUCAGUUACCGUAUUCAAAAGAGGUUGGGACUAGUAAACUAAUCCUGGACCAUUUAAUGCUACACAGCCCCGUAACACUUUGUGAGAAUUAUGCUUAAAAAAAAUAAUUAAUUUUCAUGAUGUCAUCUUUGUUUUAGGCUGAAGGAGGAGGAGCUGCAGCCAAAAGAAGCAAGCCAGGGGAUGAUGUGGAAAUUGAUAUGAGAGAAGAAGCACAGAAAGGCCAGGUAAGUGGCAGUGUUCAGCCAGUCUCUUUUAGCCAAAUUAUUACUGACAACUUAACUCAAGUAUUUAUUUGUCAAGAGAGCAAUAUGUUUUUAAUAUACAUUUAUCCAUAGCUUUUUUAUUAAAUCAUGUACAGGUAAAAAUGAAAUUCAGGUUAAAAUUUUUUAACCUCAGUCGAUUCUCAAUGUCCUUUGUCUCCUAGCCCUAGUUCAUUAUUAGGGCUAAGGGAGAAUCAAAAAAAAUGUAACGUCCUAAAUUUAAUUUUGACCUGUAACACAUAUACAUAGAAUGGAAUGGUUAUGAAGCCCACGAGAUUCUUUUGUUAUUUUUUGUGGGCACAGUCAUGUCCAGCGCAAAUACUGUUUCUUCUGCUUUUUUCUUUACAGCUUUCCAAGCUCACAGUUCCAGUGUUAAAAGAAUUUGUCAAGCAAGCUGGUAUCAAGUGUGGGACCAAAAAGGCUGAUCUGGUUGAAGCUAUCAAAGACCAUUUUGGAGUCUGAUUUCUUUGUAUUUUGAAAAACAUUAUUGACUUUAUAUUGAAAAAUAUAUUUAGUCUCCUUCAUUGCUGCUCGGGCCAGAGUCAGGCAAAGAUCCCGGCAUGGGGGUGGGAGGUUGUGUCUAGACUUGACAGAGAAAGUUUGAGAUAGAACGCAUUAUUAUAAUAAGAAAUAUUUAGCUGUCUGACGUUUUACAUCUUUUAAGACUAUCUUUGGUAUGCAAAUGAACUACACACCAUACCAGAACAGAAUUGGCUUUAAAAAUGCUGAAAUGAUAGAUAAACUCUUGCCAAAACCAACUUUGCAGUAUACAAGUAUGGUAUCAAGGUGUAUAGUUUUGUUUAGUUUGCAAGACAUUGAGUAAGUUCAUGACAAGAAAUGUUCUAUUCAAAUGCUUUCUUUAAUGAUAAUGUCAUUUAAAUAAUAUUAUACACUUUUACUAUUAAUGGUAAGUAGUCUGGAUACA